ACCCGGCGGUCGCUGUUUACCUCGUUCGCCCCGCCCCCAGCGGCUGCGGCUGCAGGAGCGCGCGGCGCGAUUGGACGAGCCGCCUGUCAGUCUCCAGGGACUUUCCCAGGGGUGGGGCUGCCUGGUCCCCCUCACUUCCUUGUCUUCGGCGGCGUCCCCUCCUCCUGCCCCGGUCCGAGAACCGGAGGAGUGCCGUGGGGACGCAGUCUGGACACUGCCCCGUUCCUGGACUCAGGACUGGAUGCGGUGAUUGGGACGCUGUCCCCUACAAGCCCUCGUCCUCAAACCAGCUUGAAGUGAUCUGUUCUGUUCUGUGUUAUGAAGACUGCUUUUUGGAGCCUUGGCAGACCAGAGCUUCUCCAGAAAAGAUACCCCACGGCCUGGCCAGCCCUGAUGGACUGCUGUUGUCCUUACAGCCAGGGGAACUUCUGGAGGAGUCUCAGAUGGAAGCUUCCAGGCUGCGGCAGAAGGCAGAGGAACUGGUUAAAGACAGCGAGCCACACCCACCAGCUGCCCCCUCCUCAGGCUCCUUCGACCACCUGGACGAGCUCACAGGGAAGGAUACAAAUGUCCCGGCACCUCCCAUUGCCCAUUCGUGCUCCAGCGACAAGCCAGCUCCAGUCCUGAAACCGCCAUCCAGUGGCACCUCCUCUGAAUUUGAAGUGGUCCCGGCUGAGGAGCAGAAUUCUCCACCAGAGGGCAGCGGCCACACCAGAAACAUGAUGGAGCUGGGCCCCCUCCCCCAUGAGGACAGCAACCUGAUGCUCCACCUGCAGCGCCUGGAGACCACCCUGAGUGUGUGCGCUGAGGAGCCCGACCACAGCCAGCUCUUCACCCACCUGGGCCGCAUGGCCCUCGAGUUCAACCGACUGGCCUCUAAGGUGCACAAGAAUGAGCAGCGCACCUCUAUCCUGCAGACCCUGUGUGAGCAGCUUCGCAAAGAGAAUGAGGCCCUGAAGGCCAAGCUGGACAAGAGCCUGGAACAGCGGGACCAGGCUGCUGAGAGGCUGCGGGAAGAAAAUUUGGAGCUCAAGAAGUUGUUGCUGAGCAGCAAUAACAAAGAGGGUGCCUGUAGGCAUGCAGGCUCACCAAAGACGGAGGGUACCAGCAGGAAGGAAGCCACCGCACAGCAGCAGGCUAGCGUGAUGGCAGGUAAGGUCCCAGAGGUGGGGGCCUUGAGUGCAGCCGAGAAGAAGGUGAAGAUGCUGGAGCAGCAGCGCAUGGAGCUCCUGGAAGUGAACAAACAAUGGGACCAGCAUUUUCGGUCCAUGAAGCAGCAAUAUGAGCAAAAGAUCACUGAGCUGCGCCAGAAGCUGGCCGACCUGCAGAAGCAAGUGACUGACCUGGAGGCAGAACGAGAGCAGAAGCAGCGUGACUUUGACCGCAAGCUUCUCUUGGCCAAGUCCAAGAUUGAAAUGGAGGAGACUGACAAGGAACACCUAACAGCAGAGGCCAAGGAGCUGCACCAGAAGAUCAAGUACCUGCAGGAUCAGCUGAGCCCACUCACCAGGCAGCGCGAGUACCAGGAGAAGGAGAUCCAGCGGCUCAACAAGGCCCUGGAGGAAGCACUGAGCAUCCAGUCCUCCCCAUCAUCACCACCUGCCUUUGGGAGCCCCGAAGGAGCUGGCGCCCUCCUAAGGAAACAGGAGCUGGUCACACAGAACGAGUUGCUGAAACAGCAGGUGAAAAUCUUUGAGGAAGACUUCCAGAGAGAACGCAGUGACCGAGAGCGCAUGAAUGAGGAAAAGGAGGAGCUGAGGAAGCAGGUGGAAAAACUGCAGGCUCAGGUCACCUUGUCCAAUGCCCAGCUAAAAGCAUUCAAAGAUGAGGAGAAAGUGAAAGAAGCCCUCAAACAGCAGAAAAGGAAGACGAAGGCCUCCGGAGAGCGCUACCAUGUGGAGCCCCACCCAGAACACCUCUGUGGGGCCUACCCCUACGCCUACCCACCCAUGCCAGCCAUGGGGCCACCCCAUGCCUUUGAGGACUGGACCCAGAUCCGCUACCCCCCAUCUCCCAUGGCCAUGGAGCACCCAUCCCCACACCCCAACUUGCGCCUCUUCCAUCUGAAUACACCUGGCGUCCACCCUGCCAGGGAUGCGGAAUCAGGGCUCCCAAGUGAUGGAUCCACCUACAGCCAGGCCUGUGGAACCAGAGUCUGCAAAACACGACUGUGAGGGGACUCAGUGAGACCAGAUUGUGUCAUUUGGCUCCACCUUCGUCUUGCAGAGCCAAUUGACCUCAAAUUACCAAAAACCUAGAGGCUACAUGCUCUGUGUGGCCAGAGCCUCAGCUGGAUGGAAGACUGAGAUGGGCAAACAGCUCACAUCUCCAGCCCUGAAUUGUGUACGAGACUGGGAGGCUCCACCCACUGGGUUUCCACUUGGGCUCCUCUCCUGGAUGGGAUCAGGAAGAACUCACUACCCCGCAUCCUGCAGCUGAGUCAAGAGAGGCUGGCUUUGACCUGCCAUCCUCUGAUAAAGCCACUGGUCAUCCAUUGUAAGCAUGGGGGGCAGCGAAGACUCCUCUGUUAAAACCUCCACAGAAGUGGUUCUGGACUCUCCAGGUGCCAUACCAGUUUGUGUGUGUGUUUAAUUUUUGCUUCAAGCUGUGUAGCAGGACCUGCCCCAUGCCCAUUGUUACUCUCCGGGAGGCGCUAAAACAAGAGUAGAAGAGAACCACAGAACGUUUCGAUGCCAGGACACUCUCCAUUGCUACCCAUAUUAGCCUUGCAACAGCCAUCACAGCCUGGAAUGAAGACCAAUCCAGGCACAUCUGCUGAGGAGCCCCAGCCUGAAACUGCCAGGCCCGGAAGUUUAGGCCCUAACCCCCCCACACCCCCACAGCUAAAGGUUUGUGGUUCCAGAGGCCUGGAUUGUGGGGUAGCUGUCUGUCCCUUGGCACUUGUUUGCACGAAUUUUGGACAUAAAUCGAAGUUAAAGAUGAACAUUUGUGACUGGUGUUCUUUCUUCUACAUAUGGGCUAUGUUCCCCUCUCAGCCAAUCAGAUGUUCUUUCUUCUGCAUCUGGGUUUAUGUUCCCCUCUCAGCCAAUCAGAACAGUUUUCCUGGCCCCUCCUAAGUACACCUUUCCCUCAUCUCUCCGAGAGUAUUACUAGCAUCUUGAGAGCAUCCAGGAGCAGCAGAAGGAGCCUGGGCUGUAGUGGUCAGUUUUCCUCCUCACUCAUCAGGAGAC